AUGGAUUGUCUAAAUGUUGAUCAAUGUGACUUUUUCUUCAUGGGCUUAUGGGCAAUUUGGGUGGAGCGUAACAAUAUACUCUGGAAGCGUGUAAGUUUUCAACCUAUGAACAUGAUUCAAUGGACUAGUAGACUUUUAGAAGACUUCCAGAAGUACCAUCCGAAGACCGUGAGGAAGCAAAGGAGACCUCAGACCAAAUGGAAAAAUCCUCCUAGUGGUCGUCUCAAAAUUAAUGUGGAUGGUGCUUUUCGAGCUGAAGAUGGGAGUGGAGGUAUUAGAGUAGUAGUUAGGAAUGAAACAGGUAUGGGUAUUGCUGCAUUGGCUAAGCCUUUUUUACAUGCACACUCGGUCCUUAAUAUGGAAACGGAGACGUGUAGAGCUGGUUUACUUCUUGGUAUUCACCAAGGCUGGACUAACAUUGAUAUUGAAAGUGACUCUGCCAUUCUAAUUGCUGCUCUCAACAGUGAAGAGAAAAAUUUAUCUGAGUCGAAGAGGAAGGUCAGAGACCCGAAGGAGGAGCAUGUCACUCUUGGACAGUUUGACCUGCUGUUCGUGAUGGAGAGCAUGUUUUUGCAGUUUUGCACAUAUUGCAUUAUUGUCCAUCUUCACUAG